AUGAGUACAGAGUGCUCCAGCUACACCACAGCAGAGAAGGUGUUGGUUGGGGCUUUUAGCUGUCCCAAGGCAGACAGUGACCUGGGGGCCAUUUAUUGCUGUGGAUUUAAGGACAUCAAGUACUGCUGUGAUGACCCCAAUAGCUUUUUCCCUUAUGAACACAGCUAUAUGUGGUGGCUGAGGUAAGAAUCCAAGGACUAGGGACAGUGUGGCUGGUGACAGAUUGCAAGCUCUUCUGCCAACAUUUGCAUAGCCAUUAGUGCUGAAGUCAUAUCUUUGUAAAUACUUUGUUUUCUCAGUGGGCUGGAAUAUUCCUCACUGUACAGAGCACUUACACUACCACUACACACAUUACCCUCAGGCAACAAGGCAAAAUGAAAUGCAAUAUUUACUGCAGGUAGAAAUACAGAUAAAAAAAAGACAGACAUACACACACACACACACUCUAUGUACACAUGCACACACACUAUAUGUACACACGUACACAUUACAUAUAUACACACACUAUGUACACAUGCACACACACUAUAUGUACACACACACACACACACACACACACACACACUCUAUGUACACAUGCACACACACUAUAUGUCCACAUGAACUCAUUACAUACACACACACACACUCUAUGUACACAUGCACACACUAUAUGUACACACACACACACACACACACUCUCUAUGUACACAUGCACACACACUAUAUGAACACAUGAACACACUACAUAUACACACACACACACACACUCUAUGUACACAUGCACACACACUAUAUGAACACAUGAACACACUACAUAUACACACACACACUCUAUGUACACACACACACACACUCUAUGUACACAUGCACACACACUAUAUGUACACACACACACACACACACACACUCUAUGUACACAUGCACACACACUACAUGAACACACUACAUAUACACACACACUAUAUGUACAUAUUUAGAUAUGGUUCCAUACAUCUAUUUCUGGCAAUGCAAACACAGACAAACACAUCUAUAUAUAACUAGGCAGACAUGCACAUGUAUCUAUAUAUAACUCUGUAGUACACAGCAGCCAUUCAGACAGAAUUGACUCUAUACAGCUACACACAGUAUCCGUAGCCCCUCCAUCACAAUAUUGUCCCAUACCACACAGCUCACCAUUGUGUGUGACUUUCUAAUGCUAUGUUCCUCACUGAAAGUACACAGUCAGUAAUUAAUAUUUAUAUAUAGAGCAUUAUGACACAAUAAAAAUGGUCUUUAUUAGAGAACAAUACCUGAACACCAUGCCUUGUACCACCUGCAGGUCAAUAGUUCUCCAAAGUUGAUUCCGAUGUCCUUUAUCAGACAUUGAUGGAGAAUCUGUAUUAAUAUUGAGACAGUAGUUUAUCAGCAUGUGUGUGAGGGACAUGUGUUUUGAGGAAGUGUGUGAAUUGAUUGCAGGCAAAUCAAUAUCCUAAUUGCAUACUGCAUGUUACUGGUGUAGACAUAGAACAUAUAUAGUCAAGGCAGGGCUUGUUCUACAGUUAAUACAUGUCAAACUGUUAGAUAUAAUACAUGCAAUACUCUCUACUGUAUGAUGCCAAUACAGAAUGCUCAUGGGCUGCCAAUGGGUAUGGCAAGGGGGCACUUGCCCCUCUCUGGAAUUAUGCCCAUAGGAAUUGUGUUCGCAAGUUCGCUGUCCAACAAUUAAAACGCUUGUAUAGCUGAUGGCUUGGAAAUGUCAUACUACACAUGAGUUGUAUGGGGGACUGAGACUCCUAAAAUAUUAAUUAUAACGUCUGGGGAAUUGGACGUUUCCUUGAUUAGAUGUUUUGCCAGCCUGUAGAUAUUUCUGUAAACACACAUGUUGGAUUUUUUCCUUCCCGAACCAGCACCUCUGGGUUUUUGCAGCAUGUUUUGUUCAAUUUAUUCAGUAACCAGCCCUCUAAGCCAGGGGUGUCCAAAAGGACCCCCAGAUGCUGUAGAACUACAACUGCCAUGAUGCUUUGCGUGUCUUUGUAUUCUUUUAGAUCGACAAGGCAUCAUGGAAGUUGUAGUGUUAAAACAUCUGGGGAUCUACCUUUUGGGCACCCCUGCUCUAAGGGACAUGACAGAUACAAAUGUUUUCAAAUAAUGGUAUGCCUUCUGAUGAGCCCGUCAAAAUAAGUUAACGAUCUUGGCUUGCAGUUCCUUAAGCAAGAAUACAUUGUUCACCAUAAGAUCAAAUAAAUUAUAUAUCGCACUUGUUAAUAGAAUUAUAUAUUUAAUUGUUUUAAGAGUUUUUAAGGGAAUAUUUACCUCUCCCUACUACAGUCACAUCUGCCUUGAUUCCAGGUUUGUGGAUGUUGCAAUAGCUGUAACGUACCCCUUGUCCCCGCUACAUCACUUCAAAGGAUGCACAUCUGCUUUCCCCAAAGCAUGGCUUCCCCCCACCCCCUUUUUUACGCUGACUGUCUGCCUCAUUGGCAGCUCAUCGACAUGUGAGUGCAUAAACAUGCCAUUCCACUCUUAUGAUCCACUGUCAUUCAUGCAAUCUGUGCUCCAAGAAUAAUAACAGCAUCUAGCAUUGCUGUAAAACUAAUCAGGAGAACCACCUGUCAAUAAGUUUUUUGCAUAUAUUGUAUGUUAAGAAUUGAUAAGCAGAUGCGGGGAAGAGGACAUAUAAUUUAGUUUUUACUAAAAUCAAUACACUUGCCAGCAAUUCUGCCAGCCCAAUUUGUAGAUACAUUUUAAUCAAGUCAUGUUAGGCAUGACAAGCACACACUAACGGGUCACUCUAACCACCAUAAUCAUGUUAUCUGAAGUGGUUAUGGUGCAAAGACUGUCACGGUACGCUUUAUUUUUGAAAAUGUUUCAGUCUGGAGCACUGCCCCAGUAAACACCCCUAGUAGCCAUCUGAGGAGUGGCCAGUGGAGGUAUCCCUAGGCUGUAAUGUAAACACUGAAUUUUCUCUGAAACCACAGUCUUUACUGCAAAAAGCCUAAAGAGAAUGAUUAUACUCACCAGAACAAAAACAAUAAGUUGUAGUUGUUCUGGUGACUAUAGUUUCCUUUUGAGUACAGGAGAUGAAAACAUCUAAAGUAAGUUAACAUUUGUCACCUAGAGGUGUGGCUAGGGCUGUAUAAACAGACAGAAAAGUGAGUUAACUCCUAAAUGGCAGGAAAUUGAACAGUUAGACUUCAGAGGUCAAUACACAAAAAACGCUUCAUUAAACCCAAGCUAUUAUAGUGACUAUAGUAUCCCUUUAAAUUUGAAAUUGAUAGUGUUGAAUAACCUGCUUUCUAGAUAUCAUGCAAUUUAACUCUAUAAUUUCCUGAUAAAGAAAAAAAACAUACACCUGUUCUAUUUUUUUUACCUUUGACUUUCCUACGUGCAUCGAUUCGAAAAACGUCACUAUCAGAUUAAAUGCAAGAAGUUGCCUGACUCUGCUGCACUUCAACUCCUAUCAUGCUCAGUCUUCAGUCCGAGGCUGGUGUGAGUUAAAAUAUACAUCUGAUAAAAUGCAAUAUUGAUGUUACCACUUGCUAAACAGUUUAUGUGGAAUAUAACUUCAAUCAACCUCAUCCACAGGUUUGCUGAGCCUGAUAUAAAUAUUAAAGGGACACUAUAGUCACCUGAACAACUUUAGCUUAAUGAAGCAGUUUUGGUGCAUAGGACAUGCCCCUGCAGCCUCACUGCUCAAUCCUCUGUCAUUUAGGAGUUAAAUCCGUUUGUUUAUGAACCCUAGUUACACCUCCCUGCAUGUGACUUGCACAGCCUUCCAUAAACACUUCCUGUAAAGAGAGCCCUAUUUAGGCUUUCUUUAUUGCAAGUUCUGUUUAAUUAAGAUUUUCUUAUCCCCUGCUAUGUUAAUAGCUUGCUAGACCCUGCAAGAGCCUCCUGUAUGUGAUUAAAGUUCAAUUUAGAGAUUGAGAUACAAUUAUUUAAGGUAAAUUACAUCUGUUUGAAAGUGAAACCAGUUUUUUUUUUCAUGCAGGCUCUGUCAAUCAUAGCCAGGGGAGGUGUGGCUAGGGCUGCAUACACAGAAACAAAGUGAUUUAACUCCUAAAUGACAGUGAAUUGUGCAGUGAAAUUGCAGGGGAAUGAUCUAUACACUGAAACUGCUUUAUUUAGCUAAAGUAAUUUAGGUGACUAUAGUGUUCCUUUAACUUUAUUUAACAAAUCAGCAUUCUAAAGUAGCAUUUCCAUUUACUGCUCGCUAAAGUGCUUUAUGUGUAUGAAACAUCUCAUGUUAAUUGCAGUUUGUAAACGUGCCAAUUUCUAUUUUUAAUCAGCACUUUUAUACAUAAUCGCAGUUCCACCUCCCAGGCUGUUAAUCUUACAGCUGGGGAGAUUGUGUUUCAGAUUCCGUUACCUCCACAGGACUAAUGGAUGUAAUGGAAACAGAAGAGGCAGGUGCUCUCAACUACCCGGUGCGCGCCUCCCGUCUCCCCUAAGUCAAAGUGUUUGUGCAGUUUGUACUGCCCUAGGCAUGACUCAAUCUAAAUUUGCCUCACCCCUUCCUGUCAAGGCUGCACCUCUUGAUGUUUUAGACCAGCACACACUUUGACUGAGCGACACACGCCGUCCCUGACAAAUACACAGUCAUUGACACACACUGUUGAACCAAUGCACACUUUCACUGACAGACACACACUGAUACAUCCAGUCACUCGCUUUGGCUGCUGGGUGGGUGCGCAAUGGAGGUGACCAGGGAAUUCUAUUCUUCUAGAUCCGCACCCUCGUGCGCCGUUCAGUGAUGCCAGGACUGGAGUGACAUCAUAUUCCGGGUCAUGGCGUCACUGCAGGGCGCAUGAGGGAUCUGAGUAAGCAGAGCACAGAGCUCAGCACUCCCUCACCACCCAGCUACAAUAUGCACAGCAAGUCACCUUGUGGGGGCCCUAAGGUGGCCAGUCGGCCAGAUCUUUGGCUCUUCAUGAUACGAGGCUAACAAGGCAUCUGCCAGGGUGUUGGGGGAAGGUUUUUUUCCCACCCCCGGUAAGUGUCGCCUAAGGCAAAUGCUUUGUUAGGCUUGUGGUAAAUAAAUACAGCUCUGCCUGUGACGGCAUGCAGGGCCCAUUUUCCGUGUAUAUCCCUACGUCCAUGGCUGGUCCAAGCAUCUUCCUGGAAAGUCUAGGCUGAGGAAAAAGGGGGAGGGCUUGCAAAGGCUGCAGACAAGAUAUCUGCAGCAUUUGAAAGCUGAUUUUAUAUAUACCCCAAUUAAAAAAUGCAUAAGUAAAAGCAUGCAUGUUUCUAAAAGUAUUACUUUUCAUGUAUCCAUUAAAGAAAAACUCCUCUAGCAUUUUAAAAGUUACUAUUUAGUAGAUAUACCCACAAUAGAAACAUGCAUGCUUUUACUUAUGCAUUUUUUAAUUGGGGUAUAUAUAAAAUCAGCUUCCAAAUAGCACUUGAGCUAAAAUUGCUCUAUACAAUAUGAUCACCCGCCCCCAUUUUUUAUGAGCCCCUGAAUCUCAAUAAACCCGUCCCUAUCUCUAAAAGACUCGAGAUUUAUCCUCGAUGCUCAUCUGUAAGAAGAAUUUGAUUGGACAAAGCCCAGCGCUAGCAAGGAUGUAAGUGUUGUGCAGAAAGGGAUGGAUCGUCAUUAGCUGUCGAGGCCAGUACUACAGUUAAUGAAAAGAUAGAUUUGGGCUUAGGAAAUGUUUGUGCAGAUUUCAGUAAAUUCAUAUUUUAUUCGUUUGCAAUGAAUAAUUAAAUGCAUUAAAAAAAAAGUAAUUAGCAUUUUUGGACGUAGGCGAAUUUUGCAUGCACAUAAUGUAACAGAGAAUCAUGGAAAAUAUAGUUACGACAUCUACAAGACGUGUCACCUAAGACAAAGUUUCUUUUAACUUUAAAAUCUCAAAACACUCCGUAAAGAACCACUAUAGUGUCAGUAAAACAAACUCGUUUUCCUGGCACUAUAUAGUCCUUAGGCCACCCCCCACCCUCAGGGCCACCUUCCCGCUGGGCUGAAGGGGUUAAAACUGGGUGACUAUAGUGGUCCUUUAACACCACAGACCCCCUACCUUAACUCCCCCUAAACCCCAAGCUUAUCCUAACCCUUGUCCUCCAACGGUCCUGAUUUUUGCUGGAUCAUCCUGAUUUGGAGCUGAACAGUGCCCUCUGCAGGUCAUCCCAAGUAUGGCUGCUGGGAGACUGUAAUGCAGCCAGGCUUGCCCUACCCCUUUCUGGAUGGAACCUCCUAUUUUGACAUGACCGUUAUACCCCUGUAG